ACCAUAGUUGAAGUCUCUGCCAGUUAGACACACCCCCUCAGCCACACUCAGUCCGUGCGCUCGAUCACGUCUCACAGAAGAUAGAACACCGCAAUAGCACUUCGGAGUAAAAUAUAGACUUUGGUUUUAAAAACGUAUGGGAAACCUAUUCAUUAUGAGCCUGUCUGCCCUCCGGUAUUCAAUUCUGUAAAGCAACAAUUAGCUAUUGGCGCAGAGGGAUUAAUGUGAAUGGCAUUUUAGAACGGCAUAAGCCCUAUACCGGUUGGAUUUUUAAAUGAUAACGAAUGAAUGGUUAUGGAAUAGACAUAAUAAUUUCACAAAAUUAAGGAAAUGAAGCUAUCAAAAAACAAGCAACAAUAAAAUAAACAUUCUGUGUCAUAUUAUGCACACCAGAAAUGCCUCAAAUGGAAAGCUUAUAUUACAAAAUAAAUUACCAAAUCUACAUAACAAUGUAUAAGCAAUAAAUCAUUUGACUUUUUUUUUUUUAACAAACAGGUUCAUACAGACGCCUCUUACAAGUGCAACAAUGCCGACAUGCGCAUCGUCUUUUUUCCACUACGUCAUCCUCUCCAACAGUUGUCAUGACAACAGAACUCCAAACAUCCUUUCACACAGUUUACUUCACACAAAUGAAAUACCAUUGUAGACUUGUUUAUUGGCCACUAACAGUACUACUAGUAAAAUGUUAGUGUUGUCAAAACAACGCUGUGAUUGAAGCUGUCCGGAAUGAAUAUCACUGAAGCCGGUGCAUCAGACGAAACUGAUGCUGAGAAACGACAUCCGACUAUUGACAGCACAAAAAGGAACACAGAGUCUUCGUGCAGACAGUAUGUCAAUGAGUUGUUGGAUCUCAGUGAAGAGGAUUAUUGCAGGGAGCACAACAUGCAUUUGUUUCAGAGCCGCACUGGCUGGGAAGACGCUGUUGAAGGUUGGGGGAGAUUUCCUCCUUUUGCUGUAUUCCUUCAACAGCAAAGGAAGGGGAAAAACAAAGAAGACAUCAUAGACUCUCACUGCCUCCUGUGUGCAGACCUUAAACUUUCUGAUCUACCCAUUUAUUGCCCUGCUGGAAAUGCUCUGAAAACUUUCAGAAAGACUGCCCCAACCCUUCUGGAUCUUUCAAAGGAAACUCAAAAUACAUUUUCCUCUACCUCAUCAGAUGAAUUAUACUCUUUCAGCCUAUCUUUGCAAAAUAUGCCAGGGCCAUUAAUUAACAAAUUGCUGUCUGAAGAUGAACAAUGUACACAAAACAAAUUACCAUCAGUCUGCCAAUACCAUACAGAACCGUGUCAAAUUCUAAAGGAUAAAAGUGUGUCUCUUAGCAUCAGAAGAGUUAGUGUGUUGCCACCUGUCAGAGAGUCCAGAAACCCGAGGAGAUACAGUCUUUUUAAAAAAGUGCAGCCAACAGACUGGCACCAAACAGAAGUCUCCAAGGCCAUGAUGCCUGGUGCCACUGAUGCGGUCACCGCUGCUGAAAGAGCGAAUGUCAAUGGUGGCACAGGAAAUGUUGUUGAGGUCCUCACAAACUUUAUCCCAGAAGAGAACAGCUACAGGCUAAAUGGAUCCUCCAGCACAAGACAUUGGCUAUCCCAGGACAGCACUCAACUGCCACCUGCUUUUAACAUCACCUUUCAAAAUAAGUAUGAGUUACCUUCCAGCACUAUGGCAUAUACCACAGUGGGCAGUAACCUCAAGCAGGAAGAACUGAGAAGGCCUUCCACCAGGAACAACACUAGUUAUAGAUUGUAUUCUGGCCACAAAACAAGAGAUCUGAAAAGACCUGAAGCUCAUCAACUAAUGCUGAUUGGAACUAGAGUUCACAUGCCUAGUGAAUAUUACUAAUUUUUUGAACUCUCUGAAAGUUGUUGCACCAUCUUUAUGGAGUACAGAUAAAUAGGUGUUAUGAAUCUUUUUAUUAAGCAGCAUAAGACUCAGAACACAAGGCUAACACUCCAGUGUACUUGAAGAAAAAAUAUGCUACAUAAUGAUUAUGCAACAUAAAGAGAUGUUCAAGUCUUCUUGGAUUUUUUUUUUUUUUUGAUACUGCAGGAUCCUUUUACUUAGAACCAUGUCAUUUUUCUAUGCAUGCUUGUACAUCAUGCAUAGAAAAAAACUGAUUUUAAUAAUGUAUUAGUAAAUGUCAAAAUUAACAUUAACUAAGAUUAAUAAAUUCUGUAGAAGUAUUGUUCAUUCUUAAUUCAUUUUAACUAUGUAUGUAGAUUCAAAUAUUAAGAUAUAAGAUUCCAUGACAUUUACCACAACUGGAAAAUGUCCUAUAAAUCUGACCAGCUGAAUGUGCCAAAAUUAUUUGAUUUACAACAGAAUCAUUUGUUGACACUAAUAAUAUUUGCUCUCGACAAUAAUGGUGAUUAGUGAAUAGAAGAAAAUAAUAAAUCACAUUAUGGUAUCAGUGUAAUAUAAACAACAGUAUUAUGCUUGAUUCGAUUAAUGGCCAAAACAUUCUUCUCUGCUAUUUAUUUUGCAGUUUCAUGUGCAUCAGCAUAGUCUAAACAACAGAACAUAGCCAUAAAAUACACAUGACCGGCCUCCAAAGAGCAAAAAUAAUCAGAACUAUAUCAUUAUUAAUAUACAUAAUUAUAAAUAACAUCUUGUACUAAGUUAAAUUAGACACAUAGCUUGAUAAUGACCAAAAAAAAAAAAACUAAAUGCAACACAAAAGUUAUUCUUGGCACAAAAGAAAUGCAUGCACUCUUUACAGAAAAACACAAGCUUAGCUGACUCUUUCAAGUUUUCUAUAGCAAGUUUUUACUAUGACAUCAUCAUUGCCUAAACAAAAUGAACACAUAUUCAUUUGCAGUAUUUAUUCCAAGAUCUAAAUAACAUUUUAAUUAAUGUAGUGGCUGAAUAUGAGUCUCUAAUGCUUGACAUGAAAAUACUAAAGCUCUUUUGCAGUUACAAUGUUGAUAAGCAGCCAAUGUAACAUCAUAAAGGGAACAGACACUGCGUCACAUUCUACUUGUGGAAUUUCCACUAUAUACAUUAAGUACAUUAAGUGUGUAUGUGUGUGUGUUUUGUACACACACACACACACACACACACACACAAUGAAAAUAAAGCUAUGGUUGGCUUUCAAUGUAGUAAGGCCAAGAAAUAGCGAAUGAACUGGUGAUUUUACACCACACAGAGAUGAAACAUUCAAAAGAACAAAAUCAAAUAAAUAUACACAAACAAAUCUGUAACAAAAUGAAGAAAAUGUAGCAAUUUUGCUUCUCCAUUAAGCAGCACUGUGAUUUCAGUAUCUCUAUCAAAAGCAUAUGAACACUUAAAUUAAGGCAUCAACAAAAAGGUUUAUACGGCAAGUUUAAACUCGUAUUUGAAAUCAUGAAGAGGGAUGAACAUAUUCCAUCAAAAUUGAUACAUGCUUUUAAAGAAAUAUUAAAGGUUUUGUUUUACUGUAAACUUUUGCGAUUUGCUUAUUUGAAUCUACUCACAGUACAGAAUGCAAAUCACAGUAAACAAGAGCAAUGCCAGCUCCUCUUUUUAAGGAAAUGUGACAUCUGAAACAUGCAUAAGAUGCAAAUUCAUCUGAUUUAGGAUGUAAAGAUUAAAAUGAAUAUGCCGUAACAGUCAGCAAGAAAUAUUGGCAUGAAUUCUGUAAUGAAUCAAGACCAAAAUUUACUCACAGUGACUAGUAGAUGGGUCUAGAGCAUUGCACAAAUAAAUGUAACAUAAGUCUGUUAUAUACCACAAAGCAAACAAA